AUGCCCUAUCACUCCAUAAAUACUGUAAGCGGUAGUGAAUUAGAACCAGAGCAUCAAGUCGGCCAUCCAGCAGCAGAUGCCUGGCCUUCUGAUGACCAGAGAUUCAAGGCGCUGGCAGUCUCAGCAAGUCCUCUCUUGUUUGAGCCAGAAACCGCAGAUUCAGGCCAAAAGCCUAAGCAGACCUUGCUCAUUGACACGACAAUCCGCAAUCCGCUGAGGAUGGCUCAACAUCAGCCAUCGACCUUCCGCAUUUUAGUUGCUAUCAUGCGGAAGCAUCACAUGUCCGUUUUCAACGGCGACCCCAACACUGCGAAUGACCACGCCUUCUGGGCAAACUUGUUCAUGGAAGGUCUAGAUAGGUCGUGGAUGGUUGGCAUUACUACGACCUGGAAGGAGCGCUUCAGUUGGGUACUGCAGUAUAUUCGAACAGGCAGCCUGCCUCAGGAGGCUCAAGUUGCUAAAGAGGUUCUUCGACUAGCUAUGACGAAUGUGUUAUCGCAGCCGAAGCAUCCGUAUAUUUACGAUGCGAAAAUCUCAACUUCGAAAUACCUGAACCCAGACUUGAGUCCGGUUUGGGUAAAGGAAUUUCUCACGGCCAGCGGCGAUAUCAUUGAGGUGGAAAGAGGCGCACGAAUCCGCCUAGAAGGCUUUGAUAUCGAUAAGCUCUGCAAACACUUUGGCAUACUGAUUGCUCCGCUGUGGGAAGAAGAAGUGUACCCGCAGGCGGCCUCUCAUCGUGUCCAGAACACUACAUCCAACACGGGCCCAGGCUGUCCAGCGCCAAGCUCGAUGUUCAGAGAAAGCGGAGACAGUAUCAACCAAGGCAUGGCUUCGCAUAUUGAUGAAGGGAAUCCUCGAUCAGUAUUGCAUCCGUCGCGCUCUGAACCAGUCCUGACUAGGGCUUUUACACAAGGGCUCGUCCAUUCCAUGGCUGCGUCUACCACACAGGCUUCAAACAAGAAGCGCAGGCAUCAAAAAGCUUUCCCUCAAGAUAGGGGAGGGGGAAAGGUUUCAGCUCCCAAGCGCUCCUGCGCGGGACCACAGGACCUAGGAACUACGACAUGUGCAAGUGAUGAGAACCUUAGAUCUUCUUCUGAACCUUCACCAGCGCUUGCGGACUCUCUUGCCGCGACUCAAGAAGGCUGCCACCACAGUCAUCAGGCAUCUAGUCGCACGACAGGAGAGAACGAAAUAGGAAGCAGCCAACUGAUCUCGCCGCUUCUACCUGGAACGCCGACUAUAGAUUAUCUGGGGCUUCCGCCACCAGAGUCACCGCCUCCGUAUACAUUUUCAGCAGCUAUGCUGAAACGCAGUUGGCACGAAGACGAGGAUAAUUACCUUAAAUAUCUCAUGGAAUGUGAGUUGACGUGGCCACAGCGAUAUAAAAAGUUCAAGGCACGGUUCGGCGAGAUACGUUCAGAGAUGAGUCUCAGCGCGAGAUCGCCUAAACUUGAGAAAGACUGCCCGAGGUUCCUUCAACGAAAGGUUCAAUCAAAAUGGUCUCUUGAAGAAACAGCAGUCCUGAGGUCCUUGGUCCCUGCAGAAGAUGACUGGCAAGGUGUGAUUGAGAAGUUUCAGGAGCGGCUCGGCCACACUCGAACUGGUCAGCAGAUCAAGAGUAAAGCUUGGUGGGAGAGCAGACAGGGGAAGCGUAAAGCUGGAUGGCCGAGCCUAGACACAUCUCACCUUGAUUCCCAGGAACGGUGGACUGAUGAGCAACACGAAUUCCUGGUAUCACUUAAGAAGACUGGAGUGGACCGCAGCAAGUGGGUUGAGUGUAUGCGAGAUAAGUUCGAUGUGGAGCGGACACUCGAUGCUCUAACCUUGAGGCUCAGUCACUUCGGCUUGCUUGAUCACACCUGGGAUGUCUGGACAGCUGAAGAGGAAGACUUCAUGGCCGAUUGCAUUGCUACAGUGAACAGAGGUGAAGUUUGUGACUUGUUUUGGGACGCUUUCGGGACUCAACGAAGCGAGUCUUCCAUCUGGACGAAAUGGGCUGAGAUGAAGAAAAAGCCAGGAUAUCGCACAAACAACCAAGGCAUCUUCUGGACUACUGCCGAAGACACCCUCAUCAGGGAAUGGACGGGUAAUUUCACGGGUCUCAUGGCGGCGUAUAAACAACAAUUUGGGGACCACCGGACCGAGGGUGCUAUGAGGGGAAGGCUUCUGAAGAUGCGCCGUAACAAGAUAGAGCCUUCAAAUUAA